AUGCCGACUGUCGUCGGGCCCGUUGGGGACGUGGCGGCGUACACGAGCGCCGACCAUGUCGCCACUGCCGAGGGCGCGCGCUUCGAGGUGUAUGCUGGAAAGGAGAGGGCCGUGGAAGGCGUCUUCAGCCGGCAUCUCGGCGGCGAGGGGUGGCGCGUGAAGUGCCGCCGAGCGACGACGACGUCGCAUGCAACGGUGGCGGAGGUGGUGGUGCUCGCGGAGGGCGGCGUGCUGAUGAGGGACAGGGCGAGGGCGGCCAGCCCUGGGUGCAGGGCAACGAGGCUAGAGGGGAUCUCGGAGGAGGCUACGGACGUGGGGUGGGGGUGCGAGUGCGGGGUAUGCGGGGAGGAAUGGGAGGCGAUUGAGGACGAUGACGGCGAGGAGUGGAAAGAGGAGGAGGUCGAGAUGGAGACAGUGAGGUGGGCGAUGGAAAUGGGGGUGUGGGCGGUGUGCCUUGGUGUCGGGCUGCUCGCCACGGCCAGGCGGUUCCGGCAGAAGCGCGCGUUCUGGUGAACGCCGCCCGGCAUGGCCUUCCGGUGAUCCCGCCAAAAGGAAUUUUUUCGUAGUUUCUAGUGUAAUCUCGAGAAUUUUGU